ACUCUUCUUUCUCAGCAAGCCAACAUGCAAUGCUUUGAGAAUGACUUUGCACAGCACAGUGACGCUUGUUGAAAAGCUGCUGAAUUGUGGCUUUCGCUAUGUUUUAGUUGGCAACUUUGGACAAGACCACCUCGAGAGAUUUUUUGGCAUCGCAAGACAUGUCGCUGGAGCAGGGGGACAGCCAACUGUUCAGCAAUUUUUGUUCAUUUACCGGUUGCUCUCGGUGAACAACUUGAUCCGUCCUCCACAGAGAGCCUCGGUUGAAGGGGAUGGUCCGCGUCUCCUCUUGAAAAUGCAGGAUCUCUUUCAACAUAAAGAGCCUACUGUUAAUCAGAUUGAUACCUUGGCAGUUCUUUUGACGAUAUACUGCUGGAGCCUGCUGAAUGCAUGCAAGACAUGAUUCAUCCCGAGUCAACGAGGGACUGUAUUUUGGAUUACCUUGGUGGGUAUGUAGCAAAAAAGUUUGCUAAAAUAAGCUGCAAGGACUGCCUCCAAACACUCAGAAGCAACUCCCGAGAGCCAACUGCAUUGACUCAAAUCAAGACAAGAGGAUUUUUGCAAGUGCCAUCGGAGAAAUUACUGCGGCUCUUGCAAAUUGUGGAAGAACAUGUGGAAAUGUGCACGGUGGACAAAAUAGCCUGUGCCAGUGUUUACAUGAACAUUGUUGAGAACAUCCUGCUGGACGACCGCACUUCUUCGGCCAGUGUUGGCUGUGGCUCACAUUUCGUGAGCACUACGGCAGAAGUUGUGCACUUUUUUAUUAAGUGCCGUCUGCAUUUUUUUACGCGUGAGCAGAACAAACUGUUUCGUGCUGGCGGACGUCGUUUAUCCUGCCCGGCCAAAGGAGGGAGGAAACCAGGGACAUAAAUUUUUUCAAUGAUUUUUGUUGUGUCAUCCACUCCGUCUCCCAACUUUCAUCCACAGUUUUGAAACGCAGAUUUGAAUAAACUAUGUGCCUGUGCUCAUGGCAGUUUCGAA